UUCCUGACUGCCAGGGUGAUUCCUACGGUUACUAAGGGCUGCUUCCUUCUGUACGCGACCAGGAGCUGUGGGGCCACUCUUUUUUUUAUUCCGCUUGGAUAAAUAAAAACCCGACCACGUGGAUGAUUUCCCCCUCGACAAAAGGUUGAUGUGUCCUCACCGGGCGCUCCCUCUGCCCCCUUCACGCCUGACCGCUGACAGCUCUCCACCUUUGUAUUGAUCGCCCCAAUCUGGACAAGAUCAGCGCACACGGUCCCGGCGCGUCAGCCAGCGGUCGGGCUGAGCACCUGGGACCCAUGCCCAGGCAGGACAGCGUCACCAUGGACACCGAGUCCACGUACUCGGGGUACUCGUACUACUCCGGCCGGUCCCGGGGGUCACAUCGGCACGGGGAGAGAACUCGGGACCGGCACAAAUCCCGCAGUAAAGACAGUCGCUCGGAGAAGUCGGUCACUAUCAACACCCCUCCGGCCGAGCCUCUGCUGGGGGACUCUUCUGUGAGAGGGGAGCCCGUCCAGGACGACAACUGGGGAGAGACCACGACCGCAGUGACGGGGACGUCGGAGCACAGUUUGUCUCAGGAGGACAUCGUGCGGAUCACUAAGGACCUGGAGGACAGCGUGGGCCUGGACUGCCGCCGUUACUUCACCCUGACUCUGGCUGUGAUCCUGGGCUUGUUGGUUUUCCUCACCCCUCUGGCGUUCCUGGUCCUGCCCCACGUGCUCUGGCCGGAUAAGCUGCAGACCUGCGGGACGGCGUGCGAGGGGCUGUUCAUCUCCGUGGCCUUCAAACUGCUGAUUCUGCUGUUGGCCGUGUGGGCGCUGUUCUUCAGACCGCCGCGCGCCGCUCUCCCUCGGGUGCUCGUGUUCAGGGCUCUCCUCGCGGUGCUGGUGCUGCUGUUUGUUGUGUCGUAUUGGCUGUUCUAUGGAGUCAGGAUACUGGACACACAGGAUGAAAACUACCAAGGCAUCGUGCAGUACGCCGUGUCUCUGGUGGACGCUCUGCUCUUCAUUCACUAUCUGGCCAUUGUCCUUCUGGAGCUCCGGCAGCUUCAGCCGUACUUCUCUCUGACGGUAACGAGGUCGACAGACGGAGAGACGCACCACUAUAACCUGGGCCAGCUGAGUAUUCAGCGAGCGGCUCUGGCCAUCAUCGAACACUACUACUGCGACUUCCCUGUCCACAACCCGGCGCUGCUCUCCGCCUCCAAGUCUCGAGCGGCCAAACACUUAGCCGGCCUCAAGGUCUACAAUGUGGAUGGUGAGUUCCCUGCAGCCCAAGCAGAGGGUCCGGGGAACAACUCGGGCGCGGCUGCCGGCCUGGCCCAGUCUCAGUCCAGAGCCAUGAUCGCCGCCGCCGCCCGUCGCCGCGACACCAGCCACAACGAGCUGUACUACGAGGAGGCGGAGCACGAGAGGAGGGUCCGCAAACGCAGGGCACGCCUGGUGGUGGCGGUAGAGGAGGCCUUCACCCACAUCAAGCGUCUGCAGGAGGAGGAGCAGAAGAAGGCCCCGGGCGACAUCAUGGACCCUCGGGAGGCGGCUCAGGCCAUUUUCCCCUCCAUGGCCCGGGCUCUGCAGAAGUACCUGAGGACCACGAAACAGCAGCACUGCCACAGCAUGGAGAGCAUCCAGCAGCACCUGGCCUUCUGCAUCACCAACAACAUGACGCCCAAGGCGUUCCUGGAGAGCUACCUGAGCUCCGGUCCCACUCUGCAGUACAGUAAGGACCACUGGCUGUCCCGGCAGUGGACGCUGGUCAGUGAGGCGUCUGUGACCAGCGGCCUGAAGGACGGCUCCGUGUUUCUGCUCAAGUGUGUGGACUUUAGCCUCGUAGUGACCACAAAGAAAAUCCCAUACAUCCAGAUGUCAGAGGAGUACAUCGACCCCAAGUCUCACAAGUUUGUCCUGAGGCUACAGUCGGAGACCUCAGUGUAGGACUCGCUUUGUUACGUCACACGUCUCAUUUUGACCUUUUUAUAUUUUCUGUAUGACUCUUUAUCACAGUUGAAUCUAUUGAUCUGUUAAAAAAGGACCUCAUGGACUCGUUUUGAGGCGUGUAUGUGUGUGCGAAUGUAAGUGCAAGGGUGCCAUUUUGUGUCAAAGCUGAUAUUUGAAGGAGGAAAGAAGACGUUUUAUCAAGCCUCCUUUUUAUCCUGGCUCAAAACCACUGAGGAUUUUUAAACCAUGGAUAACUGUAUGGACACAACCACCGUCACUGUGUGGAGCUCAACCGUGACGCCCCAGGUUCUGGAAGUCAAAUUUCCAUUUAUUUUUCCCCAUGGACUUUUGGAAAAAUUCAAAUAUGAAGAGUUGAAAGGCAUCGCAGUGGGUAACCUGCUACGUGGUAAUUAAUAUCCAUACUGUGGCUGUUUUAAGUCUAAAAAGCACGUUUAAAGCACAAGAUUCUCACAGUUUAUAAAGUUACAGAAACAGAUUUUAAAUAAAGUUAUAGUUCUUGUGGUCAGUAGUUAGCACGUACCUGAUUCAAAUGUUUUAUAUAGUUUUUUUUGGAAAGUCCAUGGGAAAAUUAGGGGAAAUUUACUGUUGCGCUCAUAGACUGUAUAUAUAAAUGGACAUAGCUAACCUGCUUUCCAAGUUUGUUUGUUUGUUUUUUAUUUAUUUGUUGUUGGGUUUUUUUUGUUUAUUUUGUUUAUUAUUAUUUUUUAGGUUAUUUUUAGUUUUAUUUUGUUUUGGGUGUUUUUUUUUGUAAUUUUUAUUAUAUUUUUUAUUUUGAGUUUUUUUUUUUGUUUGUUUUUUUUAGUUAUUUUUAUUUUUUGUUGUUGUUGUUUUUAGUUAUUUCGAGUUGUUUUUUUUUUGUUAUUUUGAGUUUUUUUUGUUUUUAAUUAUUUUUACUAUAUUUUUUUUAUUUUGAAGGUUUUUUGUUUAUUUAAAAAAAUGUUUUAGUUAUUUUUAGUUUAGUUUUUUUUAUUUUUUUUAAGUUUUUGUUGUUUUUUUUUCUUCACUUUUUUGAUAAACUGUGUCCCCUCUCUGUCUCUGCUGCUGUCAGACUCAUCAUUUUGGUCUUAAAUGUUCGUAUUAACCCUCUACAUGAUCCUGGGGUUUUUAUUUCACUAUUGUGUCUGUAAAUCAAGAUAUGAACAUUAAUAACAGACAAAUCAGGUCCUUCUUUCCCUGAUUUCGCUCCCGUCUCACUCAGUCCAUUUCUUUAUACAGUCUAUGUUUGAGCUCCACACUCUGGACUUUUUUACAACAAGUGAAACGAUUUAUCACAGGUGAAGCGUGUCACUGUCUUCAGCUUCAAAUGUAGCGCCUCCUUGUGGUUUCCUCCAAGGCCAAAGUCAAGACUCUUUUCUGCUGCACAAUCGUCGUUCGAGCGCGAUGAAGCCGAUCCCCAGCAUUUGUCAGACAUCUGAAUGAACUCCCACUGAACCAUGUGAUAAGAGACGGUCACAUACCAGGACAAGCACCCGAAAUAUUCACCCUCACGCCUCGUUCAGCGACCCCGCCCCCUCUGCCGUCAUGUGACCGCUCAGCUGAUACGACACAGAGAAGAAGAACAACGCAAAUAAAAGUACUACUGAUCAUUACUGUGCUCCAUUGUAGAUGUCGUUUCCUCGUCGCAAACAGACCUGGAGUUGUGUUUUGUUUCAUUUUCACAUAUUUAACACACAAAUCCUGCAUAUUUACGCUGAGUUCUUCUCUCAAACUGAAGUAAAAUGAGCUGUUAACUACCACUUCAUGACAUCACAAAGUGGAACAGAGCAUUUUUGAGCUUUGGAGACCUAGACAGACUAAUAAUAACACAACUCCAGGUCUGUUUUUGACGCGCUAACAACGUUCUAACACGGAUUAAUGCUCACAAGAGUCCGUUUUUGUGUAAUAUAAGACUGUUUAACAAGCCCGUGUGGUCGCGGCACAAACAAAACAGAGCUAAGAACUGCACGGUCUGGUUUCCCCUUUAAAAACCUGGACUCACCUUUUGCAAACAGCAAAUUCCUGCAGGUCAAUUCAUCCGCUCACUCAGAACUCAUUUUUUAUUCCGCGUAAACCAUUGUAACGUCGGCCAUGUUGACAGAGCACGUUUCUAUUCAGCUGGACUCAUGUGAUUUAUUUCAGCGAUUUCUAUGAAGUUUAACACGAGAAAAGAAUGAGAUUUUUGUAAUGUAGACGUGUGUUUGGUCAUGAGCUGGACUGUCCCAUAGUGCCCCCUGGCGGUUGGAUUCGGUAUCACACAACUGCCUCAAUUUCCAGCACGAUUUAUACGGCUUUACACUUGGAUUCCUUCACUGUUACAUAUAUCCGGUGAAUCCUACACUUUUGUAAUGUAUUUCCAAUGGCAGGGACAGCGCAGGUCUCUACACCUGUCACCGCUCAAAUAUAUUUUCUAGUUAUUAUCACUUGAACUUUGAAUGAACUUCUGCAGCUCCCGACGUGACCGUGCCUCCCGUUUGACACUGUAUCUAUUUAAGUAAACGUGCAUGUGUGUAUGGGCGUGUGUGCGGGGCGUUCAGAUGCCAUUCCCGAUCCACUCUCACUUUUCAUCUCCGUUCCGUCGGUCCGGAGCCGCAGACCGUACGUGUGGCGUCGCGUGUACAGUCUGUGGUCAGGGCUGUGGGGCGGACGUCGCAUCACAGUCUCACACAUUUGGUUUUCACAGCGUAACUAAAGCGUUUGUAAACACAACUCGGAAUAAACCGUUUUUUAUGAACUUUUGUAAAUCUGAUGAGUCUGUGUAGUAGAUCCGGCAGUGACACCAGUGACUUAUGGGUAAUUUAACAGAGGGAUUUACAUACAAGUAAUACUAUGGUGUUUAUAAUGGGUUCAUAGCACUAGUACAACU